AUAUAAAGGGGGCGAGAGGAUUCUCUUUCAUUCGCCAGAGAAGGGCCAAUCGGUACAGAACAUAACUCAUUAUAUCUUAAAGCAAGAAAAUCAAAAAUUUCCCCCCUGAAAAUUUAAUCUUAACCAAAAAUGGAUGCCGACGAAUACCGGAAAAGAGGAAAAGAAAUGGUGGAUUACAUAGCCGAUUAUCUCGAGAAUAUCCGAGAGCGGAAGGUGUUUCCUGACGUGAGGCCGGGUUACAUGAGACAACUGGUCCCGUCCGAAGCGCCUUACGAGCCCGAAACCUGGGAGAAAAUCGUCGCCGACGUCGAUUCAGUUAUAAUGCCCGGGAUUACUCAUUGGCAAAGUCCUCAUAUGCAUGCUUACUUUCCGGCGCUAAACUCUUACCCUUCCCUCCUCGGUGACAUGUUGGCAGACGCUUUCAACUGUAUAUGCUUUACCUGGGCGUCGAGCCCAGCUUGUACGGAACUGGAAAUUAUCGUCAUGGACUGGCUAGGGAAAAUGAUAGGCCUACCCGAGGACUUCCUCCAUUCCGGAUCCAAUAGCAAAGGAGGUGGCGUCAUCCAGACGACAGCGAGCGAAGCGACCCUAAUCUGCUUAUUGGCAGGAAGAACAGAGGCCAUUAAGCGCUACAAAGAAACAAAACGCGAUUUGGAAGAUGCCGAAAUCAACAGCCGUCUUGUAGCUUAUUGCUCCGAACAGGCCCAUUCAUCUGUGGAAAAGGCAGGUUUGAUAGGUCUCGUGAAAAUGAGGUAUAUCGAGAGCGAUUCGGACUUGGCUAUGAGACCUGACAAACUAAAAGAAACAAUCGAAGACGACAAAAGAAAAGGUCUCAUCCCAUUUUUCCUGUGCGCGACUUUAGGUUCGACUGGUGCUUGCUCCUUCGACAAUAUCAAAGAUCUCGGACCUAUUUGCAAAGAAGAGAAGAUGUGGUUGCACGUCGACGCCGCCUACGCUGGUACUGCCUUCCUUUGUCCCGAGUUCCGUCACUGGUUGGAAGGUAUCGAAUACGUUGACUCUUUAGCUUUCAACCCUGGAAAAUGGAUGAUGGUACAUUUUGACUGCACAGCUAUGUGGGUUAGAGACAGCAGAGCUCUCCAUAGAACAUUCAUGGUCGAUCCUUUGUACCUCCAGCAUGAAAAUUCCGGUCUUGCUGUUGAUUUCAUGCAUUGGCAACUGCCGUUGAGUAAAAGGUUUCGGGCAUUGAAGCUUUGGUUUGUCAUUAGAAACUUUGGUAUCUCUGGCCUUCAGAAGCACGUGAGAGAGGGUGUAAGGUUAGCAAAGAAAUUUGAAUCUCUAGUACGUGGUGAUCCAAGAUUUGAAGUACCUGCAAAGAGGCAUUUAGGAUUAGUUGUGUUUAGAUUGAUCGGCGACAACAUUUUAACCGAGAGACUGUUGAAACAAUUGAACACCCGAGGAAAACUGCACUGCAUCCCCGCAUCGUUCAAUGGCAAAUAUGUUAUAAGAUUCACUGUGACAUCAACGAAGACGACAGCUGAAGAUAUCGUGAGAGACUGGACUGAAAUCAAGAACAUCGCAACCGAUGUUCUCAUCGAAUUGGACCAAACCAAAACCAGAGAGAAGGUGCCGCUUGCUGGUAAUCACAAAUCAUCAUUUGAAAUAAUAAAGCACAAUCUAUACGAUUGUAAAGACAUUUGAAAAUAAAAGUAGUAUUUUUGUGUA